AUCAGCUGAAUGGAUGCACGCACUCUCUCCUUUCUUCUCAAUCGUCUGCCUGCUGAAUAUUUUUGUUAUUAUAUUCUUUCGUCUUUCCCCACAUUGUUCUUAUCAUCGGCUGGCUCUUGUUCUUCGCCAAGUGCUAAAUACAAUCGACACUAAAUGUGACGUUAAAUUAUUAUGGUCACAAUUAAUAUGGUGCGUCGUCCGUCUCGCUGAAAAUUUUUGUUCUUCGCCACAUUAAUGUAUUAUUGUCAUAUUGUUGUUAUUUAUUCGUCGGUACUUGUUCUUCGUUAAGUGCAAAAUUGAAUCGAUAGUAAAUGAGACAUUAAAUUAGUAUUCAUAUUCCGCUCACACUUAACAUGGUGUGAAUAUUUUCGGUCACAUUGGUGUUAUUCUCUUCGUCGUAUUGUUGUUAUUUUCUUCGUCACAUUGUCGUUAUUUAUUCAUAGGCUCUAGUGUAAAAUACAAUCGACGAUAAAUGUGAAGUUAAAAAAUUAUGCUGACAAUUAAUAUGGUGUUAAACACUUGACCCAGAUUUUUAAGAGAAUUUCGCUUUCAGUACAAUUACUAUAUUCUCAAUGGGUUGGUUCUUGGGUGACAAUCACGACGGUCCUGAAGAGCUGAGAUGGAUAACCGACCUGGAACAUAAACGACGUCCUCCGCUUAAUACACUGUUCAACAUCUGCGCCAACUAUGUCGCAAAUCAUUUGGAGGACACUGUUCUCACGACCGACUAUCCCAUCCAUGUACGACCCCAGCUCUCCCUUCCUAUCGAGGUGGCACAAACGUUAUGGAAUAUGUGUCCCCUUGAUGAGAAGGACGGUUUUACUACCACGAUGACCGCAUUCACGGCAGGGGAUCAGCUAUCUCCGAGCCCUCUUCCACUGAGUGCGCUCGAUUUUUCGCUACCGAACCAAGUAGAUUCUCACCUAUUGGCGAGAUAUCUGUCCGCCCAUGGUCGCACCCUGGUGAGUCUGAACGUGUCUGGCUGCACACUUCUGACCUCCAUGGCGCUCGUGGCAAUCAAUGAGCAUUGUUCCAAUCUUAAAUAUCUGAUCGUGGGCAAGGCGCAUCAAAUCUUCCAAGCCGACAAUCCACCCCCAAAUUAUAGCUUUGCAGAGCUAAUGGCGAAUCGCAACAUUAUUCAUGGGCCUAAAAAAUUGGAGAAAUUAGUCGUGCACAGCGUCGGGCUUGACGAUGUGGACGAUUAUGACAGAUUCUUCCUCCAACUGGUUUCUCCGUACCAAAACACGCUGACAUAUUUGGAUUUGUCUGGCUGCGAUGUCGAAGACUUUCACUUUCUCGUCAAUAUUUCGUCCUUGAGAGCCCUCAUCUUGUACCAUGUGGACCUCGGAGAGGAUAGUGAGAAUGGAUUUUUUGCUGUGCUGCCCCUUAUUAGGGGGACCAUUCAACACCUCGACCUCAGCCAACCCUUGAGCAAGCUCAGCACAUGGGGAACAUACUACAAUCCGAAUGAAUUAUUGGAUCGCAUCGUGCGUACAUUUCCUGAGAUUAUGAUCCUAGAGAUUUCAGGGACGAAUCUGGCAGGUGAUGGGGUCGCCCAACAGGUGCAUGGAAAGGAGGGAGGAAAAGCUAACAUACAACUUGUUGAGCAAUGCUGUGAUAUACCGGGACUUAAUUUCAGGUCCCGACGUCCCUUGGAGUACCUUGGUCUCUACGGGUCAGCCCAUGGUGCCUCUCACAGGCACUGCAUCCCCGCCAAAGUGAUCGGUGGGGACAAAGACGAACUCCAAAUAAUCAGUGCUGCUCGAGUAUUUAUGGACCGACAUGAAGUGCUGGAGCGAAUUCUGAAUGACCUCUUUGAACUUUUUCGAACGGAGGCAGGAAAAUAUGUCUCCCACUGUCUUCGUCUCAUCCUAUGCGCGAUGGAGAGACACCCAACCGAGAAACAUAUCCAAAUAAGUGGGAGUGCUUCAUUGUUCUAUAUCGUCAAAAAUAAUCAAAAUGUGGGCCCAAUUGGUCCCGUGCAUGCUCUCAAGAGGAGGAUUUUAGACGUCAUCGUCAGGGCAAUGGAACAACAUGUCACGGACUCCACCAUGAUGCGAAACGGCUGUUUAACAAUUUGUCAUUUUAAAAUUCCACAGGAUGUUAUGUUCGUCUACGAGAAAUUGGUGAAAGUUCUGCUCGAAACCUUAGGUGUGGUUGUUAUCUCACAACCAAACAAUGAAGACUUCAAUGAACGCAUUGCCAUCUAUCUCCUCAACUCUCUCGCAUGCCAGGUGGAGGGGGAACACAAACGACUUGUCGGAAAUUUGGGUGCUAUUCAUAAGAUGCUAGGAUUGAUACAAAAUAGGCUUAUACGUGCCGAAUGUGACGACGUGAUGGAGAUUGCCUGGUCCACAAUGUGGAACGUGACUGAUGAAACACCAGAAAAUUGCUCCAAGUUCCUCGAACAUAACGGGAUGGCUCUGUUUCUCCAAUGUCUUAAGGCUUUCCCGAAUCAGCCAGAAUUGCUCCGGAAUAUGAUGGGUUUACUCGGAAAUGUUGCCGAAGUUCCGGAACUUCGUGGUUAUCUCAUGAGAGAAGAUUUCAUCAAGGAAUUUUACGAGCUUCUCAACUCGAGGCAAGACAAUAUUGAGGUCUCCUACAACGCGGCGGGUGUUUUGGCACACAUUCUUAGCGACGGGGAGGAGGCAUGGGCGGGGGUCAAUGAUCCCACGAGGGACGCCGUGUGCCUCCGAAUGAGUGACAAUAUCAGACAGUGGAGUCUUGAUUCUCUACGAAAUAUCAAUUACCGUUCAUUCAAACCCAUCCUUCGUCUCCUUCUAGUCCGUCACACCAUGCAGUGCCGGCUUUGGGCUGCCUGGGCGUUGGCAAAUCUUACGAAUGUGUAUCCCGAGAAGUAUGUCACUCUGCUUGAGGAAGAGGAAGGUCUCUCCUAUCUGACGCCGCAACUCGAUGCACCUGACGCUCACACUGACCUCGUCAGGUAUGCACGCAUCGCGUACAACAAUGUCCUCCGUGUCCGACAACAGCAGCAACAACUGACAGAAUCAGCUCCAGAUUCGGACGUGGAAUCGACUUUCCCCCUGCUCGGUUAACGCUACGUUAUUUGACGAAAUAGAUAACUCGAAUUUUUUCUUUAAUUUUCAAUAAGUUAGCUCCCACGCAUGACAUGACAUUACACUCUGACGACAAUGAGAUUUCUUAGGACCGUUAAUUGUUCUGUUAGUUAAUUUUUAUUUUAGUAUUUAGUAUUUUUCUUUGAUAACUAGUAUCUUUAAAUAUAUAUGUAUACAUAAUAUGUAUAUUAUAUAUUAUAUACUCGCAUAUGGAUGACUAGAUCGAACUUUAAUUGAUGAAUUAAUUAAUACAUAAUGCUAAUAAAAACGUAUGACUUCUCAGCAGAUGAUA